UUGGGCGUUGCCUGGUCGCGCGAGUUGGUUGUUCGUGGACCCGGGCAGAGAAGACAGGGAUUCGGAGCCCUGAGAUUCGAAUUGCGUUGCCCAGUGGACUUUUGUUGAGAGAAUCAGGCUAAGCUGCUGUGUCCUGAUAUUCUGCACAGGGUAUAUAAGAACAACUGCAAGACACUAUUUGCUGCUGCUUUAACUCCAACUCCCCAAGAGAGUGAGAGAGUGUGUAACCCCUCUCCCUCAGCUCAAAGGGUCAUGUAUGAAGACAAGAUCGUGCCCUCAGGUGGUGGGAGACCCAAGGUUGGGGAACCUGUCUGGAGGAAAAGCGAGCUACACCAACAGCAAUGGAGUGGAGCAGAGUGCAGCUGCUGCCAGCCAGGCUGAGGCCUCAGGAUUCACAUCUCGACAGGGAAGACAUUUUCCUUUCAGUGCCUCGGUGCCCUUCAGCCACUGUAGGAGCGGGCGUGGUGUUGUCACUGCAGCCAGAUCCUGGACAUGGCAGCAGCUUACAGAGGCAGCAGGAAGAAACCCAAGGAGGACAAGGUACUGGUUUCACUCCUGCACAGCAUGCUAGGGAGGCUUGUCAAUGCCAUCAGCUUCUGCCAGCUCAUAAGACAAGAUGCCUCAGGAGAAGCGUCCAAGCCAGAAGCUGCCAAAGCCCAUCUGUCACCUAUACAGUCAACAGAGGAAUCCGUGGCCACCAAUUUGUCCCUAGUGGCUUCCUCAGCUCCUAUCAAGGAAUACCUGUUGCCCAAAGAUUCUAAAACCUUGUCACCUUCUGCUUCCACCGAGUCACAAACAUCUAUGAGUGACUCUCGGCCACCAAAGACCUUGACACCUGGAAGACACCAUUCACCACCAUCACCACCACCACCACCACCACCACCACCACCACCACCACCACCACCACCACCACCACCCACACCUUCCCUCCCAUCUCAUCCUCCUGAUCCUGUGGUUUGUCCUCCAUCCCCCAGCAUGACAUCUCCUCAGUGUGAGUGGAAAGCACCAUGGAACUCACAGAGCAAACCUCUCCCAGGUUUCCCUACUCCUGUCCCAACAACCUUAGGCCGUGACCAGUCAAGGAAGCCUUACUUAACCUUUCCAGCCUUUGAUGACUCUAGCAGGCCUACCUCUACCUCUACCGGCCUUGACCACUCAAAGAGGUCUAUCUCAACCAAACCAGGCCUUGAACAACCAAAAAAAUAUAUGUCAACAAUCCCAGGCCUUGACUAUUCUGGCAGGGCUACACCAACCACCCCAUGCUUUGACACCACACACAGUCAUACAUCAAGCACCCCAGACCUUGAUCACUUAAUUACUUCUACUUCAACCAAGCCAGGCCUUGACCAAACAAGCACACCUAUGUUAGGCCCUACCUGGUAUCAGGUAGCUGCCAAAACCUGGUGCAACUCCAACUCAUCACAUGGUGAAUCCUUGCAAGACCAUCUUUCCCUCAUCCUCCAAGAGGCUUCGUUUUGGACAAGCCCGACAUCCAUGCCGAUAGAGGCUAGGGAGCCCUCUUUCAUCAACCCGCAUAUCCAAAACAUGCUGGAACUUCAGAUUACAAAGAGGGUAGAGCUCAGAGGGAAAGGAAAAGAAAUAUCUGACCAUGCCUUGGGCUGCCAGGACAGAAUGCUGCAGUCCUGGAGCAGCAGGCAGGCCACCACCACCUCACACCCCUUCUGGAGCAGAGACUGCAAAUCAGAGCAGUUUUCCGGUUAUCAGCAGUUAUUCUGUCAGAAGGUCUCAGGCGACCAUUCACAGAUGAAAUACAGCCAGCUUUUCUGGGGCCUCCCCUUUCUCCACAGUGAGUCCCUUGUGGCCACUGUCAACAUGGCAGAGUCCCUGCAAGACCUCCCCUCCAUCUUAUUCAAUGUACUUUCUACAUACAUUCCAUUACAAGUCCCAACUAAAGUACCUCCACAGCUCUUCUCUCCAAAGCCCGUACAUCAUCACUCGGUCAAAUCCCAACCUUUUACUUUGAAGAUGUCCUCGUCCCAAGCUACACCAGUGGCCACAACCCAAAGCCAGGCCCGUGACUCAUGCUCUCUACCAAAUCUGCCACACCGUUCCCCUGUAAUUAAGGAUUAUGGGGCUUCUUCUGCUACAUUGUCAAGAUCUCAAUUCAUUGUCCCACUUGCUGUUCAGCACCUAGAGCUCCAUCUUUUGAAGAAGCACCAGGAAAGUAGGAGUGAAUUACCAUCCAUUGUCAAAAGGUCCCAGAAAGCAUGUAAUCUGCUGACUUCAGACACCUGGGUGUCCAAGGGCCAUGGGUCUGUUGUCCACCUCCCGGGGGAAUUCAUUAGGCCCAGCUUCCGUGAGCUGUUGGAAGAACAGUUAAAAAAGAGCUUCCUACAGCACCAGGGGAAAUGGCCCUGCAAGGUCCAGAGACAGAUGGAUCUAAGGAAGUGUCAGGAGAGUCUUCCAGGGAUGAGUCAGACAGAAGUUAAUCAUGGGACCCCAUGUCCCUCGUCAUUGGCAGAUGAAAGCAGCCAGCAUCCACAGAAUGUCCCACCAAAGGAUCCAGAGACGUUCCAUCCAUGGCGGGAUCCAGGCAAGUGUUUGACAAACUUCCUGGGAAGAGCUGGGAAAGAUCUACACAGGAGGCCAGAAGGUCCCCUAGACAAAGUUCCUCAGGAAACCUCAGAGACUGAGGAGGAAACUUACCACAUGAGACCCCUAAGAAGAGAUGCACCGAGUGUUUCCCCAGUGGACAGAGGAAAGGAGCAGCUAGCAGGAAUCCUGAAAAACUACCAAAGUAGUAAAUACAGACAUACCAAAGUCCGUGAAGUGCCCAUGGCCAUUUGUGAAGGAGUAAGUAUUGACCAUGCAUUGGCCCCUCCUGACAAUUCAAACACAAACAUGAGAUCUUGGGAGAAAUCACCCUUGAAUGAUGUGACCAUCUGCAAGAAAACUAAUGGGCCUUCCUUCCUAGACGCCAGCACUCAGAAGGUGCUGGAAACACAUCUUACAAGACGCCUGGUGAAGCACAGAUGGAGCCUGUCCCUCAGAGGCCUCAAGACCAUACAUGUUUUCAAUGCGAACAAGGCUUCAGCUUUGCCGUCUGAUGUCUCCUUGUCCUCCUGGGACUCUAGAGAAGCCAGCACUGACAAAACAGCCAGUGACCUGGGAGAACCUUUUCAGAAAGCCCCAGAGGAGAAAGUGAUGAAAAUACCCAACACUGUGGAAUCACUUUCCACACAGAUCCCUCCUUCUGCCCUCCAGCUUGAAUUGCUGAGAGAGCCUCCACCUAGUGACAACCGUGGGCCCUCUGAGGCCACCAAAUCUGCCCAGGAGGGCGAUCUGACUUCUAUAUCCUCCCCUCAGAGUCUCGUGGGCAGAGCCUGGCACAGGGAUAGAGUUCAUGGACAUUGGUCAGACAAGCCAGAGUCUACUCCAGGCCCAGUCAAGAGUGUGCAUGAGUCACAGGAGAGUGGGGAUGCGUCUUUUAGAGAAAUGUGCGAAGGGGUAUUAGUUCGGGAGAUCAGUGUGGCAUCCCAGUCACCAAGUGGUGUGGAUACCAGGCAUCUGGAAGAGGCAGAAGAGGAAGAGUCCUCUGACAGGGCACUCACCACAGAAGCUGUAGAGAUGGCAAAGUCUCCAACCCACAGUGAAUCAUUGGAGACCAGUGAAAAUCCAUCCCAUUCCACACCCAUUUCACAGGGUCCAGAAGACUCGGGCCUGAGCACACCUCACUGCCUGGCCCCUGGUGUUGUCCUUCAGGACUGUCCCACUGAAACAUUCCUUCAGGAGUGUGCCCCAGAGGUUCUGCUUGCUGCAGAUAUCCUGGCCUCCAGGGCCUCCCGGGCCUCCAAGUCCAGAUUCAAGACUCAGUCCCCUCCAACUAAGUCAACCUCUCAGGACAGACACCGUUUCUAUCCAAAAGAAAAGAGUCUCACCAAGAUUUCUGAACUUCAGGAACCAUUGACUAGUCAUAUCUUUGGUCCUAAUAACAAAACGGACAAUGGAAGUUCCCGGCACGAUGUACAACAUUCAGGGACAAUACCUGUCCAAGCCUAUUGGCCAAAUAACCAUGAAAAAAAGUUUGGUGACAAGAUUAAAAGCUUCAUUGUUUCAAUUUUGAACCCAAAAGACAAAGGACCGGAGAACUUACCGCAAAAAGUCAAGGCCUUAUCUGGCACCACCCAAAGCCCAGGGUCAGGCCAGAGCAGGUUGCUCAUGCCCCAACAGGACACGGAAGCACAGGACCUCAUGACCUCUGCUGGGUGGAUUAUGGAGGAGAAAUUGGGUGUUCACCAUAGGUGUGCUCCUUCAAAGAAAAGUGCACAUCAAGACCUACCUGAAGCUCCAGUGAGUAGGCAUGUCUGCCGCCACAGGAUUCCUACUGCACAAUCAAAAAUAGCACAAGGAAACACUGCCUGUGUUCAUCAAGCCAACCCCAAGGUUCACAGUCAACCUUCCACAAAUGGAAUGCCCUAUGUUAGCAAGUGGGCCCAGGUCUCCAGAGAACCUGUGUCCCGAGCCAGUUACUUUCAGCACAGGGCACAGGCGCCACUUGUCCCAGAGACCCCCAUCCACUGUCCUAGACACUGCCACUGUAGGAGUGUCCUUUUUGGAAAGGCCAGUGCUUUUCCAUAUUGGAAGUAAUUAAAAUAUUAGCCAUUA